AUGCGACUGUUCGUCAUUCCGAUCUCGACGAGACGGGCCCUGAUAUAUGCUCGCCCGCUCCGUCGGGAUCAUGCAAAGGAGCUGUCCAUACUCGAUCGAAUCACAAACAAAGCUGCCGAAACAUGGGCUAAAUGGGAGGAAGCUGAGAAGGGUUGGCAAAAACACUUGGUUGUGUGGGGAAAUAAGGUCCAACAGCGGAUUCCUUAUGAAGAAUGGGGGCUCAAGAGUAUUCCUUCACUUAAUGCUCAGCGACGACUUGAUGAAUCGUAUGGGUCGAAGAAGAUUGAUGUGCUUCUCCCGGGAAAUGCGGUCAAAACCGAAAAGCUCAAGUCUAUCUUGCACAAAAUUGCUACUGAUAGGCAGGACCUACAUCGUAAGAGGAUGUGGUGGAGCUUCAUCGCGAGUCCUUUCACAGCUCCGAUUGGGCUCAUUCCAUUGUAUGAAAGCUAA